AUGAGUGAUAUUGAAAAAGAUCAUGAGUUCGGUGGAGAGUUAAGUGAUAUUGACACAUCGGACACUAGCAAUUACGAUGUUGCGUUCAAAUUCUUAAAGAGUAAAGAGAAUGAUAUUGAGAAUACCAAAUUACCACGAAAACUAUUACGGAAAAUUGAUCUUAGGAUAUUGACGUUAUUAUGUGCAAUCUAUUUUUUACAAUUUUUAGAUAAGACGUUGUUAAACUAUUCCGCUGCUAUGGGGAUUAAGGAGAAUUUGGUUGGAAAUGAAUUCUCUAAUUUAAGUACCAUAUUUUAUGCUUCGUAUAUCUUUGCUGAACCGUUCGUUUCGUAUUUUUUACAAAAGUUUCCCCUUUCUAGAGCUUUCAGUAUUUGUAUCGUUUCAUGGGGUAUAGUUUUGACAUGCCAUGCUGCUUGCAAAACAUACGCAUCUUUAAUGAUUGUGAGAACAUUGUUAGGUAUAUUUGAAAGCAGUUCUGCGGUUGGAAUUAUAGCCAUUAGUGGAAUGUAUUAUACCAAGUCAGAGCAGGUAGCGAGAAUGGGCAUUUGGAGUAUAAAUUCAGGUACUGCUACUAUAGUUGGGGCCUUAUUGUCAUUUGGAUUUCAACACAUUCACACUACUGAAUUUCAAUCGUGGCAGAUAUUGUUCUUAGUUGUGGGAUUAAUUACUAUCCUAUUUGGAAUUUUUGUCUGGUUUUACUUACCAGACAAUGUUGUAAACUCACAAUUUUUGGACAAUAACGAAAAAAUGUUGGUUUUGGAACAUAUCAGAGAGAAUCAGACUGGUACAGAGAACAAAAAAUUCAAAAAAGAACAAUUGUACGAAUUAAUAUUUAAAGAUAAGUUAACAUGGCCAAUGCUACUUCUUACUGGUACUUCACAGAUUGUUACGGGUGCUAUAGGGACUUAUAGUGCUACAGUUAUUGGAACAUUUGGAUUUGACGGUUAUAAAACUGCAUUACUCCAAAUUCCUUUAGGGGCAAUAAUUAUUAUUAUCAUUGUGAUAACAACUCAGCUUGUCGCUCGCUAUGGUCAUAGAACGUAUAUUACUGUUUCCAUGUUUAUACCUUCUAUUAUUGGAUCCAUUGUCCUUUUGUCAACGAACAUUAUAACACAACAGAUAGGGAACUUGUUAGCUCUUUAUUUAUUGUAUAGUGGCUCCUCUUCGAUUACGUUGAUUUAUGCAUGGAAUAGUGCUAACACGGCUGGAUAUACAAAAAGAAUGUUUAGAAAUGCCUUAACAAUGAUUUUCUUCAGUUUAUCUUGCCUUCUUGGGCCCCAAAUGUUUCAGGCAAAAGACUUUCCUGGAUACGUACCAGCAAAGAUUGCCAUUCUAGUAACGCAAGUUGCUUCUGUCCCCUUGACCCUCUUAGUUGGUUAUUUAUCAAAAAAGGAAAACGAGAAGAGAGAUAAGGAACAAUUACAUAAGUUACCUGAUAAUUACCAAUUUUUAGAUUUAUCAGAUAUUGAAAACAGAAGCUUUAGGUAUUCUUAUUAG